AUGACGCACGAGGCAGCAACAAUGGCCACCGCCGACGAUGACUGGCGCUCAAGUGCCGUGUCCAUCUUGGACAGCUACGAGGACGCAAUGUGGGACGAGAUGCCCCAGGAGGAUGAAUCCAUUGCGGCAAUCAGCGGAGCCAGCCCCGUCAAAAGUCCCGGCGAGUUUGUCCACAUGCUCAACGACAGCGACAGUAAAAGCCCCGUCAGAGGCGCAGACCAGGCCCCUGUCUCCCCAUUUGUGAGUGGUUCGGGGCUUGGGUCGCAACUAAAUGCGGUCUGGGCGGCAGGCGUGACUAACCAGUCAAGUGCAAAAGGUUCGAAAAAAAGGUCAAAGGCAACAACAACCUCGGCAACUAGACCCUUGACAUGGGCCAGUGUUGCGCCCGAGCAGGUUCUCGACUGUGCGCAACUGCCCAAUGCGGGGGCAAUGCAACUACGGCGGCAAAAGAACCGCGACUGCAUGAGACGAGCGAGGCAACGGCAACGAGAUGAACUGAAAGAGAUGAAGAGCACUGUGGCCAGGCUGGAAAGGCAAUACGCAGAAAUGUGCCGACGAACAUCCACUACCACAGACAAUGUGACAUGUCUAACUACGUGCAACAGCGUUCUAGCAAAGAAUUAUGCACAAGCAGGGGACCUGGUCAAAAGACUGGGGGCAGAGAAUUUGUAUCUCAAGGCCGAAAUCCAGCAACAAGCCACAUGGAAGUUGCAUCUGUACAGAAUCCUCGAGAGUCGUCCGGAAAUGGAUGGGCCGAGGUGGGCCCAGCAGUUCCAGCAGCCAGCGUUGGGGGGCGCAGAGGCUCUACGCAUGCAACUAGACAGAAUCGACGAGUACGAAGCGGCCCAAGUGUUCGGCUUCCACCCGUUGACAGAGCUGGAUCUGACACGGGUGAUUUUGGACAACAACCGCACCAUGGGCCGCGUGCAAAACAGAUUGCUCCUUCCAAGUCUGAAUGGCGAAGCAAGGCGAACGAAAAGACUGCAGACAUUCGGUUGGGAUAUCGUACAGAGGGUGGAGGGCAGCGUCAUGGAAUGUGUGUUUACUAAAAAAUUCCAGGGACUUAAUGUGGCCGAACUCAUGCAAAAGACGUGGGCGAACGACAUGAGACUGGAUCGGUUUAAGAAAGUCAAAUGUGAGACGAGCCGCUUGGAGGUGUUGCAACAGAUUAAUCCGAACGCAUACGUGCUCGGUCGAGACGUCGUCUCCCCGACUAACGACAUUUCCACUUUCCGCUCGGUAUUUGUUCGUUUCCUCAUUGAAACGAGCAAGCAACUCCCCGCCAACUCUGGGUCCAUGGCAACACCCACCUACGUUGACGCCAGCUGCCCUUCGACACCUCCAAUGUCGCCCAUUUCGGACUUAGAGACCGAAGAGCCCAUGCUAGAAGCCACAGGAUACGUCCUUGGCACGCAGAGCGUGGACGUCAAUGGAUCACAUCUGCAGGACGAGUUCAUCGACAAGCUGGCGUGGGCGCAUUUGUCGUUAUCUAUUGAGUUCCUGAAUGUGAUAAACCCGGCCACAGGCGAAGAGUACCAGCAACUGCGCUGGACCGGCCGCACGGAUUACCGUGGAGAGGAACAUGCGCAUCGUAAUGCUGGCGACACGUUGCAAGGAAUGUUACGUUGGGAGUUGCUGACGAUCGCUCCGGCGCUGAACCUCGUGUCUCUCUCACUGGAGUAAGCGGAACAGUUGCGUCUUGGCUCGUCUUUUGCUUGUAGUUGUUGCGUUCCGUUUGUCAGAAUGAAAAAAAUGCAUUAUUUUCGUUCUCG